ACAGCCUUCAUCAGCCUGAUGAGACACAGCAGUGACAGCUAGGCUUGCUGACAUCAGUGUGGCCGAGGGUCAUAGGAGCCCUGUCCACAAAUGGCUUGUGUGUUAAAAGUUAACCUCCCUGCUGUAUAACAAUAGUAGUUGAGGUUUAUUCUGGAGAAAAUGGCAGUAACUGAAAACAAUAUGGAAGACAUAAAUCCUGUGUUGCGAAUAAGUCAAAUGGAUGCUAUUGAAUUAAACAAGGCGUUAGAGCAAUUAAUCUGGUCCCAAUUUAACAGUUGUUUUCAAGGAUUUAAACCAGGAAUUUUGACUCGCUUUGAACCAGAGAUUAAAGCAUUUUUAUGGCUUUUCUUGUGGAGAUAUACGGUCUACUCUAACAAUGCAACUGUUGGCCAGGCAAUUUUGAAUAUCCAGUACAAAAAUGAUUUAUCGCAAACAAAAACAUACAGGCCAAUGAAUAAGCAGCAAAAGGUUUGGUUCGCGCUCUUCACAGUUGGAGGCAAAUGGCUAGCAGAGAGGUCUUACGACUUAUUCAGUAACCACCCACUUGGGUCAUCCUUUCAGAAAACAAGAUCCUUAAUCAAUGCCUGUGCCGGUCUCCUGAAGGUUAGCGAACUUUUGAAUUUUUUAAUCUUCCUACAGCAAGGAAAGUUUGCAACAUUGACAGAACGCCUUCUCAGAAUACGUUCCACCUUCAUCAAGCCUCAGAACGUGCGCCAAGUGGGGUUCGAAUACAUGAACAGAGAAAUCUUGUGGCAUGGAUUUGCAGAGUUUCUUAUCUUUCUUCUGCCACUCAUUAACACACACAAACUAAAGCUAAAGUUAUUUUCAUGGUGCAAACCUAUCCAAGGGCUCAGACACAAUGAUCCUUCUCUUGCUGUUCAUUGUAAGGAAUGUUGUUUAUGUGGAGAAUGGCCCACUAUGCCGCAUACCAUUGGCUGUUCUCAUGUCUUUUGUUACUACUGUAUCAAGAGCAAUUCUAUGUCCGAUGCAUACUUUACAUGCCCAAAAUGCAGCUCUCACAUUCAUAGCCUGCAACCGCUAGAGUUCAAAGUCGAAAUUUCUGAAGUUCACACUCUGUAAAGGUCCCUAAUGUUGAAGUUGAAGAACAUAUGUGUUUAAAGGGAAACUAUGGAGCGAAAUUAUCCCCUGCUCAUAAUGCAUUAUAAAGGUAAUGCAGAAAAAAAAAACAAAGUGCCAACAUAGUUACUAGACCCACGUUUUUUUCAGUCUGCUUGCAGACUGCACAAUACAAUUCUAGACUAGAAAGAAAUGUUAUCAGAUAAACCCAUAAACAGAAGAAAUUUAAAAGAUAAUAGGGAACUUGAUAGCCAUACAGCUAAUAGGAGCCAGAAGUGGGGUUACAACCUAGGAAUAAAUGGCAAAUAUCUUAUCAGUGUUUGAAGAUGCUACACUGUACAUUGUCCUUGCACUAUAACCACUUAAGCAAUCUGAAGUAUCUUAUAGUGCUUAACGUAACCUGUGAAUAAUUAACAUAUAUGUUGAAUAUUUAGUUUUCAAUAUUUAAUUAUAUCUAAUAAUAAGCACUCUGAGUGCUGGGAAGAUGUGUAUGUAUAAGCAGUCUCUGGUCUAGUCAGCCUUUAUAUGACAAACUUGGAGGAUGUGACUUGUAACGUUGCAUAUGGCAUCCUCUAUUGAUAGCAGCCCAAUGUCAGACUGCAGCUUCUAUCUUAAGCAGUUUAAUAUGUCUGACUAGUACUAGUAUAAAUAGCAUUUGCAGUCUUUUAUUCAGAGCUUACAUUACACUGUUUG